AUGUCGACACCUGAACCCACUAAGAGCGUCGUCAUCCUGGGCGCUGGUGUCAUCGGCCUAACCACUGCGGUGUCCAUACAAGAGAAAGGCGGAUAUAGCGUCACCGUCAUUGCAGAGACGUUUCCCAGCGAUCCAAAGAGUGUCAAGUACACUAGUCUUUGGGCGGGCGCGUACCAUGUCAUCUAUAGAGAAAAUGAUGAAAGAGAACGGAAAAUUCAAGAAGAUACAUUUAAAGUUAUGUGGAAUCUAUCCGAACCCGACGGAGAGGCAGAACACUGCUUUCGCCGCGUCACUACCCUCGAGUAUUAUACGGACCUUGUGGAUAUGCAUGCGGAGUGGAUGCCAGAUUUCACAAUGAUCCCAGAGGAAUCGCUCGCCCCGAACACACUAAUGGGCUAUUCAUUCACAACAUACGUCAUUGAUCCCCCACUCUACUUGAAUUAUCUGCUGUCGCGCUUUCUCGCUCGCGGUGGUACCAUAGUACGAGGCGUGGUACAGCAUAUCAACCAAGUAUUAGAGGGCGGUGCGGGAAUUUUUUCCGGCAAGCACUCUUCGUCGCCUAUAGAUGCCUUGGUGGUGUGCACUGGCCUUGGCACCCGGGUCCUCGGUGGCGUGGAAGACAAGGAUAUGUACCCGAGCAGAGGCCAGACUGUUCUAGUUCGUGCUCCUUGGAUUACAAAGGCGAUGAGAGCCAGCAAUCUGGUUGGUACAUCGUGGACGUAUAUAAUCCCACGGCGUAAUGGAAACGUAGCCCUAGGCGGCACGAAAGUCCCGAAUGAUUGGUACCCUGUAGCGCGACCCGAGACUACUGAAGAGAUCCUCCAGCGUUGUUUGGCUCUUUGCCCUGAGCUUGCGCCACCAGAGGUCCGCGCUCAGCGAACCCCCACCGUCGAGGACAUUCGUCCACUUAUACUUGAUAUAGGCUGUGGUUUUCGACCAAGUAGAGCUGGUGGGAUCAGACUCGAAACUGAGUGGGUGGACAUACCGAAAAAUGAUAGGAAGAUACCAGUGAUGUUCAACUACGGACAUGCUGGAAGCGGGUAUGAAUCGUCUUGGGGUUCAGCCGCAAUCGUGCUAGAUUUCUUGGAAGAAGCACUUGUUAUCAACUAG